AUGGAGGAAAGAAAAGAAAUGGCAACACAUUGCUCAAGUAAUGUGAUUGACGAAAAACUGGGUGUUUGCACGAGCAAUGCUUCAGACUUCCCUCUUCUGACUGAUGAAAAGUUUGAUUUUGACCUUUCACUCUCUCCAGCAAGUGGAAAUGAAGAUGAAGUUUUUGUUGGACCUUUGGGACACAAAGAAAAAUGUAUUGCUGUCAAUAUUGAAGCAAAAAAAAGUGCUGAAAAACAGCACGUGCCUGCUUCUGAUGAUAAACUCACAUGGAGCCCACUUACAGAAGAGAAAUUUGUGGAAAUUUUCAAAGAAGCUCAUUUAUUAGCACUGCAAAUAGAGACUGGAAGCAAGAAUGAACAGACUAAAAUAAGCCAACCAGAAGAACAGGAAAACAAGAUUAUAGAAAAAUUUGUGGAGGACUCAAAGUCAAAAUUGAGAAUACUGAGAAUCCAAAGUACGGAAAGAAGUCCCAGGGCUGUCAAAAGGGAGACAUACUGUGUGAAGGAUAGCCCAGCAUGUCAGCUGCCACCUUGUUUUCAGAAGGAAUCGGGUAAACUUUUGUCAGAUGACAAAACACAUUCUCUUCAUACUCCUCCAAACAGCAACCCUGUUAAAAUUCAUGUAUCUCCUACAAAAAUUGCCGGUUCACCUCUGACACAAGAACAGAAAACUAAGGAAAGAAGUACAAAGGCAACUGGCAAACUGCCAAUGGCAAAGCCUUCAUCUACUCUUCAAAAAAGCAAUUUGACUAUUGAAAAGCCCAAACCAGGAAAACAUACUAAUAUUUCUACAAAAAGUGACUUGAACAGCAUGGCAUCAUCUGAAGAUCUAAUUUCCGAUAAAUCUAGUGUUGCUUCAGAUGUCUUUGAGUCUUCAUUCAGUGGCAGUUCCUCAGUGCAAGACAAAAAAACCCUUCCUGCACCAAGUAAGCCUGGCUUAAAGAAGAUAACGCAUCUGAAACUUCCUGGUGUUGCUAGUGGUCUCACAAGAAAGACUACUUCAUCUUCUUUGUCAUCAGUGUCCAGCACAAACUCAAGUCUGAAUUCAAGUUUACCCAUUUCUCCCAUAGGAAAAAAUGGAAAAACAAGCAUGUCUUCAAAAGCUAGUGUGAGUGGCUCUAAGCUUUCAACUAGUGUAAACAGGCUGGCUCUUGUCAGACCUACCAGAGUGUCAUCUCUGCAGGCUGCCAAUACUGAGAAAUCCAGGAACCAAGCAAGAUCAGCUAGUACUCCCAAAAUAUCUAGUGUUGCAAGCUUGGCUAAAUCUUCAGCUUCUACAACAUCAUCUGAAGCUGUAGGCAGUGGAAUUCAGAGGCUGAGCUCUGUUCCCAGUCUGCAGAAGCUAUGUCAGCAGAAUACAGAUGGAAGCGCAACAAAAGGAAGCCUGCAUCCAAAGCCCAGGGACAGAGUUUCGUCGGUUCCCACAAGCCAAACUAAGGUUUCAGUGAAGACCGGAGAUACACCAUCAAACAAAUCAGCACCAAAAGCAACACCAUCUCUUGGAUUAACAUUUUGCAGCAUGCUUGGAAGUGCCAUGGCAGUCAGCACUCCUGUGAAAGCCUCAGAAGAUGGGAUCUUUCAGAAUUCUUGCCUUCCUGAGAGGUCUGUCUUCAUGACUCCUGCCAGUCUGAAACGGUCUGGCUUACCUACGCCUGUUCGUCGUAUCUCAGGAUUUCCAGCAAUGACUCCUAAAACUGCACCAAGAAUGGCAUUUUCUCCACAUGUUGCAUCUGUUCGCCAAAGUUUCAGCUUUUCUACCAAAAAGACUCUUACAGCUGGUUCUAAACAGACAAAAGAAAGUAAGACACAGAUAUCUUCUUCAGAAGAUGAUAUAUCUCCUCCACCUGUGCUACCUCUGGCACUUAACUUCUCACCAGAAAAAACUGCUACAGAGGUAGUAGAAAACAAAUUAAAAGAGGCUGAAGUACAAAAUCAGCUGGCUGAAGAGAGACAAACUGAGGCCCUACUGGUAGACAUUGGAAUAGACAAAUCUCUCCCACACACUUUGGAAUGUGAAAGCAGACCUCUGAUUGACCUUUCCAAUACUCCUGAAGUGAAUAAGAUUACUCCUCUAAAGCCUACAAUCUCGGGGCAGGUAAAGCUAAUUGAUUUGAGUUCGCCUCUUAUCAUCUUGAGUCCUGAUGUAAACAAAGAAAAUCUGGAUUCCCCUCUGCUCAAGUUCUGA